AAACUGUGUGAGGAAAUACUAAGCAUCCUUGAAAAAGACACAAAAAUUUCAUGUCAAGUUGCCUGCCUGGAGGCCCUGCGGAUUCUCUCCAGAGACAAGAAGGUUUUAAUGCCUGUAACCACGAAGAAGAACAUGCAGAUCCUUAUGAGGCUAGCAAAGCUGGACACUAUGGAAGAUUCUUUGGAAAGGGUGUCUGAAUAUCCUGUUAUAGUAGAAGCUUUAAAAUGCCUCUGUAACAUAAUUUUUAAUAGUGCCGUUGCACAGAAGCUCAGUUUGGAACUGAAUCUUGCAGCUAUGCUCUGCAAUCUUCUGAAAAAAUGCAAGGACCAGCAGUUUGCUGAUGACAUUAAAUGCUUUGAUUUGCGUCUUCUCUUCCUCUUGUCACUUCUGCACACAGAUAUUAGAUCACAGUUGCGUCAGGAACUACAAGGGGUGCAAGUCUUGAUGCAGGCUUUGGAAACCUCCCUGAGUGUAAGAUGGACAGAAGAAUAUAAAGCAGCUGAAGACCAUGACAGGCCUCCUUUAUCUUUGCAAGAGACAGAUUGCGCCAUUGAGGCACUAAAGGCUCUUUUUAAUGUAACGCUUGACAGUUGGAAUGUCCACAGCGAGAAUGAAUCUCAUCAAUUUCGUUACAUGGCUGCCAUCCUCCGCCACUGCUUAUUAACCAGCGGCCCUACUGAAGACAAAACUGAAGAAUUGCACAGCAAUGCAAUCAACCUUUUAAGCAAUGUUCCAGUUUCUUGCUUGGAUGUUCUUAUUAGUCCAUCAUGCCAAGAAGAGACAGACAUAAAAUACAAUGGUAUGAAUAUGGGAGCAAUUCAAAUAUUGCUGGAUUUUAUGGAGAAGAGAAUAGACAAGGGAAGCAGCUACAGAGAAGGUUUGACUCCAGUUCUCAGUUUAUUAACUGAGUGUUGUCGAACUCACAGGAAUAUCAGAAAGUUUAUCAAAGCUCAGGUAUUGCCUCCACUGAGAGAUGUAUCAAAUCGUCCAGAAGUUGGCACAACAGUGAGGAACAAGCUUGUGCGCCUUAUGACGCAUGUUGACCUUGGAGUAAAGCAAAUUGCAGCAGAAUUUCUUUUUGUUCUUUGUAAAGAGAGAGUUGACACCUUGUUAAAAUAUACAGGCUAUGGUAAUGCUGCAGGAUUGCUGGCAGCAAGGGGCCUGUUAGCAGGAGGAAGAGGAGAUCAUUGGUACUCAGAUGAUGAAGACACAGAUACUGAAGAGUACAAAUCUGCAAAGCCCAACAUUAACCUUAUCACUGGUCACUUAGAAGAACCGAUGCCUAAUCCUAUGGAUGAAAUGACAGAAGAACAAAAGGAAUAUGAAGCUAUGAAACUUGUCAACAUGUUUGAUAAACUUUCCAGAGAUGAGUUUAUAAAACCAAUGGGAGUGCGACCGGAUGGUACAAUGGCUCCUUUGGAAGAAACAGUCAGCCGGUACCAUACCAACAAGCAAGACAGUUCAGAUUCAGACUAAAGCAUCACCUGCUUCGCUCCCAAUUCUCCUUUAAUCCAUGUCUUUCCUUAGAACUAUGACAUCCUUUACCCAAACGUUUUACCCUCGCGUUAGCCAGCAUCACUUUAAUUGUGCUAUUACUGGGAUAUUUAAAGGAUGGAUCAUGUGGUGUAAUGUCUGCAUUUUUAUUAUGUCUGUUUAAAGAACACAUCAAUUUAUUAGUUUAUGAUCAAUUAAUUAAUUUAAAACUAAGUGUAUUUCAAAGGGAUAAAAAGUGAAAACCUACAAUGUAAAAUAAAAUGUAAACAUUUUAAUUUUCCAGAAUCCUGUUUUCUGAACUCUGUAGGUUUUCCCCUUAUUGAUUUUUUUUUUUGUUUAAUUAUCUUGCCAGUUCACUCUUUAUAUAAUUGUAAGUAAAGAAGCAAAUUGGCUUAAUUGCAUUAGGAGUAGAGGACAUUUAAACCUAAAAGUCUGACUGACCCUGGGAAGCUGCUUUAAAAGGCAGUCAGUGAUAUCACAACUAU